AAGGACGCGGAACACUAUCUCCAUAUGAUCUCAGAGACACGCUGACUUACAUAACCUUAUCAGUUACCUCGGAUUGUAAUGGUGAACAUAUAAAUUCUUCUCCGAACAUGUUGGCGAUAGUGCUUUCGUUUCUGUUUGUUGCCUCAGUAUCCUGCCAGGGUGGACGACCAAAGCCUGCCAAUGUGACAGGUCCUGUCUUCGAUGCAGCCAACUUUGCCUGCAAUGAAAUCAACGACCAGAGCAACUCGGAAGACUGGUUCACGCUUCUUCACGCCGGCAAUGCCACAUCACAGGUGGUCAAUGGGGAAAUAUUCCGUAUGGACCUGACCAUGGGGGAAUCUGCCUGCCAAAACACGCCUCUCAACCACAACGCCACGCCAUUCGACUGUCCAGUGCCGAAGGCAGCAAUGAUCUGGAAAUACGGGGUGGAGGUUCUCUUCGUCCACUGGCAGUCCCCGGAGUUUACUCUGCUAGACUUUCACCAAGAAACAAGCCAUGGGUACUAAGAAAGCAAUACCCCGUUUUGUCAUUAUUGCAUAAAACUAUUAUAGUGUU